AUGGCGUGGACCGACACAAUCAACAACAAGGUCGCGCGCAGCCGCGCUGGUCGCUGGUUUAAGCUUGAUGGCUGCGGUCAUCCGAGGGAGCGAAAGGGCUCCAAGUUCUUGACCGAACUACGUGCUGGCCUCGUCACCUUCUUCGCCAUGGCCUACAUUCUCGCCGUCAACUCGUCUAUUGUCUCGGACUCGGGCGGCACCUGUGUCUGCAACAGCACACCCGACGACCCCAUCUGUGUUGAGAACACCGAGUACCUCCUGUGCAAGACGGAGAUUAGGCGGGACCUUGUCACCGCCACCGCUGCCAUCUCUGCUCUGAGCACCUUCUGUCUGGGCCUUUUUGCCAACAUGCCUGUUGGUAUUAGCUGCGGCAUGGGUCUCAACGCCUACCUUGCCUACGACGUUGUUGGCUUCAACGGAACUGGUCGUGUGCCUUACGAAGUCGCUAUGACAGCCAUCUUCAUCGAGGGCUUCAUCUUCUUCGCUCUCGCCGUCCUCGGCCUCCGCCAGUGGCUCGCCCGUGCUAUUCCCAGAUCCAUCAAGCUUGCCACUGGUGUCGGUAUUGGUCUCUUCCUGACACUCAUCGGUCUGACCUACGGCGAGGGCAUCGGUCUCAUCACCGGCUCCACUGCUACACCCGUUGCGCUCGCUGGCUGCCCGCCGUCGACGCGCCUGGAGGAUGGCACUUGCCCUUCGUCUCACAAGAUGCGUAACCCCACAAUGUGGGUUGGAAUCUUCUGCGGUGGUUUCCUUACCGUCUUCCUCCAGAUGUUCCGCGUCAAGGGUGCCAUCCUGAUUGGCAUCUUGCUUGUCAGUAUCAUCUCGUGGCCUCGCGGCACCCCGGUCACCAACUUCCCUUACACCGAGCUUGGCGACAGCAACUUUGAGUUCUUCAAGAAGGUCGUCGACUUCCACCCCAUCCAGCGCACCCUCAACGUUCAACAGUGGGACAUCUCUGGACACGGCGGCCAAUUCGCUCUCGCUCUCAUCACAUUCACCUACGUCGACAUUCUCGACUGCACUGGCACUCUCUAUUCGAUGGCUCGCUUCGCCGACCUGAUUGACGAGCGCACUCAAGAUUUCGAGGGCUCCGCCGUCGCUUACAUGGUUGACGCUCUUAGCAUCUCCAUCGGCUCCAUCUUUGGCACCUCACCUGUCACAGCAUUCAUCGAAUCCGGUGCCGGUAUUUCCGAGGGCGGCAAGACGGGCAUCACUGCCAUGACGACCGGCUUUUGCUUCUUCAUCUCCCUCUUCUUUGCGCCCAUCUUCGCCUCUAUUCCUCCUUGGGCCACGGGCUGCGUGCUCAUCCUCGUUGGCUCCAUGAUGAUGCGAGCUGUGACAGAGAUCAACUGGGGCUACCCUGGCGACUCGAUUCCUGCCUUCCUCACUAUCGCUAUCAUGCCCUUCACCUACUCCAUUGCCGACGGCCUGAUUGCCGGCGUUUGCAGCUACAUCCUCAUCAACACGAUGAUCCUCCUGAUCGGCCUCGCGACGGGUGGCCGUCUCGUCCCCCACAACAAGGACCAGAAGGACCCCUGGACCUGGCACAUUCCUGGCGGUCUCCUGCCUGGCUGGAUCGUCCGUCUGUUCAAGGGCAAGAAGGACUUCUGGCGCCCCUACCCUGGCGACGACGAGUCCAACACGGCUCCCGCCGCAGUUGCUGCGCCCGCUGAUGAACCCGUUGCUCCAUUCAAGGGAGCGCAAUACGAGGACCGCACAACGAGCUCGGAGCAUGGCGGAUCGAUCUUGAUGGGUGAGGAGAAGAGGGUUGGCGAGACGCCUGCGCCGGCACAGCCGCAGCCCCAUAUUGUCCAACAGGACAAGGUUGACCGUGAGAAGAGCGCCUAA